AUGCUUCAAACUCGGUUGGCCCUGACGGGCCUUCGUCUUCCGUUUAGAACCUUGUCCUCGGCCGUUUCGUCCCGGGCCUAUUCGACUGUCGUCCGCGAGCAAGAGAAUCCGUCCGCUGACGAGCCUGCAAGUUCGACGUUUGACCCCAGUAUCGCCUUCGCCCCUCCACCCACUCGUGAUGACGCCGGUAUCCUUCUACGUUCCUAUACUCCACGAACCCCCGGUAUCAGACAUUUGCGCCGACCGAUCAAUGACCACCUGUGGAAAGGACGCCCGGUGCAGAAGCUGACGUUCCCCAAACGAGGUCAAGCCAAGGGUGGUCGUAACAACUCUGGUAGAGUGACUGUCCGGCAUCGUGGUGGUGGCCACAAGCGCCGUAUACGAAUGGUUGAUUUUGCGCGUGACGCUCCCGGUCCGCACGUGGUGGAACGUAUCGAACAUGACCCUGGUCGGAGUGCUCACAUUGCUCUUGUCCGUAGCCAGGAGACCAAGAAACUGAGUUAUAUCCUGGCUGCGGAGGGUAUGCGGGCUGGUGACGUUGUCCACAGUUACAUGUCUGGUAUUCCAGAGGAACUCUGGAAGAGCAUGGGAGGUACUGUGGACCCUGGUGUUCUCGCUGCCAGAACCGCAUGGAGAGGAAACUGCUUGCCGCUGCACAUGAUGCCUGUCGGUACUCUGGUCUUCAACGUCGGUUUACGUCCUGGUCAGGGAGGCCAGCUCUGCCGUAGUGCUGGUACUUUUGCGACAGUCAUUGCCAAGGAGCGCAUCUCUCAACAUGUCACCAUCCGUCUUCAGAGUGGUGAAGUUCGUCUCAUUCAUAAGGACUGCUGCGCGACUGUUGGCGUCGCUAGCAACCCUAACCACCAGUACCGCCAGCUUGGUAAGGCUGGUCGCUCUCGUUGGCUCAACAUUCGGCCUACCGUUCGUGGUCUUGCCAUGAACGCCGCCGAACAUCCUCACGGUGGUGGUCGAGGCAAGUCGAAGGGUAACGUUGACCCGAAGAGUCCUUGGGGUAUGCCGGUAUGUAUCCUCGCCUCGCUAUUCCUUCCUUUGCUUCCAGGCCUCAUCCAUGCUAAUGUCUUCGUUUUUACAGGCGAAAUCCGGUUACAAGACUCGUCCCAAGUGGAAGAUCAACAAGGCUGUGGUUCAUCCCAGAGAGCGCAACCAAGGCAAGCGUCGUCGUGGAUACCACUAGACGCCGUCGUGAACAUGAAAUUUUACUUUAUUCCUUGGACCUUCUUAUAG